CACUAUUUAACUUUGCCAAGCUUUUCUCAACAUAUUUAUUCCUCUUCCAUUGCAAAAAGGCAUUCUGUUAGCAGUUCAUUCUCUUUAUGGCACAUUCAUCAAGGUCAAUGCCAAUGCUGAUUCAGAGUUGUGAUAAUGCUUGUAACAAAAGUUGGUCAUGAUAUGCAGGAUGUAAGUAUGGAUGGGAGGCAGGAUAAUGAAGGAAAGAAGAAAAGGAAGAAGCAGAGGGAGAAAUAUUGUGAAGAGGAAGGAAAAAUUGUAAAAUCUUCCCCGUAUUUUAAGAAAGUGCCUGACUAUGAGGAUAUUGGAAGUAGUAAAUCCGUUGUAGCUAUUUCUGAUUUGUAUAUGAAGCCUAUCAAGAGUGAGUGCAUGGUUACUGUUGAAACACAUCAGAGGAGUAACAAAAGGAAGAGAAAGAAGAAUUCUGAACGUGGUGAUGAUGAGAAAUCGGGAAAUGAUAACAGAGAAAUGGAUGCCAAACCAGUCCUGAUUGGUCCUCCUGUCAAAAAUUUGGAAGUUAUUAAUGAGAAGGAGAAUAAACAAUCUGGUGAUUUAGAUGAGGGAUGUUCUAGUGUUGCUUCAAUUUCAGUUGUUCGUGGUGAUAAUGCAGUGGCCAAUAGUCUCGAUGAUCUCUUUUCACAGUUUGCAUGCAAAGGUGGAAACUUUAGUUCAGGUAAAAGGAGAAAUGAAGAUGAGAAGAUAGUCAUCAAGUCACAUGUUUGUGGCCCUCUCUCUCGAAGGCUCAGCACAAUGCAAAAGUCUUCAGAAUCUGGUUCUAUGAUUGGAAAUGAGAGUCAUUUAUCACAUUGGGAAGGAGGUUGUGGACCGAAAGCUGGUAAAACUGUGUUCGAGCCUUGCUUAUCUCAGAAUCAGAUCAAUGAGAAGAUGAUUGAACAGAAAGCACGAGUGGUUUCCCCUUACUUUGUGAACUCAAGGAAUGGAGAAACUGAAAUGAAAAAAGAAAGGUCUGUAGAAUGUGUGAUGAAAGGAAAUGGAAAAAGUGACAAAAAAUUACGAACCAAAGUUCGAGUGGUUUCCCCUUACUUUGGGAACUCAAGGAAUGGAGAAACUGAAAUGAAAAAAGGAAGGUCUGUAGAAUGUGUGACGAAAGGAAAUGGAAAAAGUGACAAAAAAUUACGAACCAAAGUUCGAGUGGUUUCCCCUUACUUUGCUAACUUAACAGUGGGAGAAGAAAUAAAGGUAGGUAAGGAUAGAUCAAACCCUUCGAAGAACUGUCUCAAUGGAAGAAAGGUUUCUCCCUACUUUCAGAAUGCAUAUCGUGAAAACAAGAAGAGUAGAAAAGGUUCAAAAAGGCAGAAACCUUGUCUCUCUGCUUUCCAGAAAAGAGAUGAGGCUUAUUUAAGGAGGAGUGAAGAUAACACGUGGGUACCUCCGCGAUCCCAUUUUAAUCUCCUCCAAGAAAACCAUGCUCAUGAUCCUUGGAGGGUGUUGGUUAUUUGCAUGCUUCUGAAUUGCACCACCGGCGUGCAGGUUAAGAGAGUGGUAGACGAGUUUUUCACUCUGUGUCCAAAUGCUGUGGCUGCUACAGAGGUUGCUGUAGAGGAUAUUGAAAAGUUAUUACGACCUUUAGGAUUAUAUACGAAGAGGUCACUGGCUAUUCCACGACUCUCUCAAGAAUAUCUUGGAGAAACUUGGACUCAUGUUACACAGCUGCAUGGUAUUGGCAAGUAUGCAGCUGAUGCAUAUGCAAUAUUUUGUACGGGCAAGUGGGAUCAAGUUCAUCCAAAUGAUCAUAUGCUAACUAAAUACUGGGAAUUCCUGCAUGCAAAUGGCUCGGCCUGAGGGUGCAAUGUAUUUACCUGAAGAUGAUGCAUAGUUAGGGUUAUCUUUUGGGGGUCAGUUGCAUAGUUUUGGUAGAUUAACCUCUGGACCUUUUUUGUGGUGUAUAGUACUUGCCUAAGCAACAGCUUAAUUAAUAUAUCAUCUCUGCAUAUGACAGGUGCUAACUUCCUUUAUGUCAAGAGCUAGGAAAUUAGACUUUUUAA